UGGGCUGUGUGGGUGUCACUGUAUGGAUGGGGCAUGGGGAGAGGGUGAGCAUUGAGCAGCUGGGGGAGGGGGGCCCUCGGGGGGGCUCUUGUGUGAGGAGGAAGUUGGGCAAGGGGACCCCAGGCAGUGGUGACCUCACUUCCCUGACAACAGAGCCCAAUAGAAUUUGGAACCCCGGUAACCAGGCACCCACAUUCCACAGACAGCCCCCUGCCCAGCUCAUUUUGUUGGAGAUCCUCAAACCAAGAUGUUCACAUGCUGCCUGCCGAAGUCCAGAGGUUGCAGGCUGAAGAAAGCGCGCCCUGCAGACGCUGUCCCCCGCUGGGGAUUUUGUGUCAGGGCUCCCCACCGCCUCUGGCCAUUUGGCCGGAAGGACAGAAAGAAGGCCACGGAUGACCUCCAGAGGCGGCUGGCGGACAUACCCUCCACCCUGACAGAGGGGUUGACCCCACAGGCAUCCCCAGGAACAGAUGCUGGGGAUUGCCGGGCAAGACCUCCAAGACCACCCAGACCACUGUCCCAGGUGGUUGUUCACCGGACAGUCCAGGAGCCGGAGUCCAUGGAGGCCAAGCCCGAGGCUGCUCCACCACCUGAGGAGCUAGAGCCGGCUCCAACUCCAUCAGCAGCUCUGGAGGGAAGAGGGGGUGACUGCAGCGACUUCAGGAGGAGACCAGGAACCAGCAGGGGACCCAGCACCUGCCCAUGGAGAGCCUGGCGUGGACCAGGAAGAACAGGCUCCUGCCCCAGGCCCUGGCCCUGUUAUAGUUCCUGCCCCUGCCAGGGCCACUGCCCCUUCCCCUGCCUCUGCCUGUGCUUCUGUUCCUGCCCCUGACCCAGAUCCUGUCCCUCUCCCUGCUCCUGCCCUUUCUCCUGUCCCUUCCCCUGCCCCUGCCUGUGCUUCUGUUACUGCCCCUGACCUAGAUCCUCACCCUGCUCCUGCCCUGGAUCCUGCACCUGCCACUACUGAUGAUCCUGUCCCUUCCCCUUGCCCCUGCCCCUGGCCCUGCUCUUACACCUGUCCCUGCUCCUGUCCCUGCCCAUAUUCUAACCCCUGCCCCUACUCCUGCUCCUGCAGGGCUCCCACAGCCACAUCCAGAGCCCACAGCCCUGCAGGGAGAGCUCCUUGUACAAUUACCCUUAGUUCCAUCACCGGACCCCGACGCCCCGCCAGAUUGUUUCGUCCCCUCCCCCUAUGUUCUUUCUCUCUGGUUCGUAUUAACUGUUAUUUUAUCUUUUCAUGUCCUAUAUACUGUUUAUUAUUUGUUUUAAAUAAAAUUACUUGUUUUCAAUUGAACACGUCAUGAGCAUUAAGUACACUCCCAACGCUGUGCCACCACACCCCAGAACAUUGCUGCAGAAUAUCUCCUUCCCCAAAGGAGUCCCCGAACCAGAAGCCCUCCCUGCCCAUUUCUCUCCCAGCCC